UUUUGUUCGAUUUAUCAAAACAAAUCGCAAUAUAUUUACUGAUUUUUGACCUGACUUCUGCAGUUUUGCAAGAAGAUUUUGAGUUCUAUUAAACAAUGAAUAUAACGUAGAACUUCAUCAGAAUUGAAAUGGCUUUCCAUCGUCCAUCUGUAAAAGGAUGCAGUGGAUCGAUACCCAGGCCUGUGAACAUUUCACAAGAAAUAUUCAGAUACACACAAACACGACAGCUAGGCCAGUCAAGGUUUAGUCAUAUUGGUGCUCAGAACAUUGUGGACGACUAUGUGGCCCAGCUUAUGCCACUGCUGUUUAAGGAAAGGGAGUACCAAGUCGGCAAUAUUAACAAAAUCUUCUCAGCCCAGUGGUUGAACAGUAAACAAGUUGUCUAUGGAACAAAAUGCAACAAGCUUGAAGUAAUGGACCUCAACUCGGGAAACAUUGACCACAUCCCGUCACUAAAGAGUAGCAACAAGAGUCAGCCGGCUGGUUGUCCCUGUGGCAUCCACAGUGUGGCUAUCAACCCCUCACGUACACUGCUGGCUACGGGGGCAGAGAACACUAAUGAUCUAGCUGUGUACAAGCUGCCAACGUUUGAUCCUGUCUGUGUGGGAGAGAGGGCUCACGGAGACUGGAUAUUUGAUAUUUGCUGGUUGGAUGAUGAAUUCCUAGUCACUGGUUCCCGGGAUAGUUACCUGGGUCUAUGGAGGAUAGAUGGGGUCGAGGACACUGAAGUCUCACCACUAUCAAGCCUGCAGGUCCCAGAAUACAGUUUCCAGGCCCCUCUCAUAGUCAAGGAGUGUAAUGAUGCCAAGAAGGUCCGGGCGCUCGCCUAUCAUGAAGACAGAAAGGAACUAGCUGUGCUGUCUUUAAAUGCCAUGUUUCAUUUAUGGGACUUAGAAACGUUUAAAUCUAUAAGCCAUCGUAAGUUGCCGAACAGUAAGGAGAAUGUAUGUAUGUGUGUAGCGAAGGAGAAGCCGUUAUACGCUAUAGGAUCCCAGUCACAUGUGUAUCUUGUGGAUCCGCGCUCAAAAAAGACCCUCUCAAUUAUCUCAAAGUUCCGAGGGGCAGGCAUAAGAUCAGUGAGUUUCCGGAAGGACAUAAUAACCAUAGGCACAGGGACAGGACACAUCCUGUUUUAUGACCUUCGAGCUGAGAAAUACCUAGAAAGUGGAUGUGGUCACAUGUGCUCUCUUGUUCUGGGCAAGGGAUGGCUUCUUCGAGAUGAAAACUACUAUGGAUUCUUUAUGCACCAGUUUAACCAUGAUAUCCCUAAUGCUAUAUACACCCACCAGUAUGAUGAUACGGGCACGAGAAUGUUUGUGGCUGGGGGCCCGUUACCCGCUGGACUCUGGGGAAACUAUGCAGGGCUGUGGUCCUAGGAAUAAAUUGGGUCAAGUGCUGUAAAAACAAUUGAUUUUGUCAUGUUUUAUGUUCAUGUAAAGUACAUGCUAAUUAUAUGGAUAUUGAAAAACAUUGGGCGGAUAGUUGACGAUUUUUGUGGGCUUAAAUAGACACUUUUGUCCACUUAAAUGAACUGUGUAUAAUUUCACUUUGGUCAGAAAACCAUGUUUUUACAUGAUCAUAAAGGUUGGAAAAAGACUACCAUAGAAAUUGAAUGUUUACAGUAUCUUGCAUAUUAUAGUCCCGAUAUUCAUAAGGGUAAAUUUUAAGGGCAUUUCAAUGAUGACUGUAAAUUGUCUUCUUGAUGGCUGUAAUUUCGAAAAGUGAAUAUAUUUAAAGGGUGAUUUUAAAGUGAAUAUACUGUGUUCAUCUUAGAGUUAUAAUGGUGUACAAGAUAUGGACUUGUGGAUACCUUAGUUGAUAGUGGAUUCAUCAUUUGGCCCAGUUUAGCAAGUUGCACCAUAAAUGGAUCAGUUGUUGGGCAUAGUUGAAAGUAUCUAGUUGUAUAUUUGUGCAGUAAAAAGGGACUCUUUAUUUGACUGUAUAUUUGUGCAGUUAAAGGGACUCUUUAUUUGACUGUAUAUUUGUGCAGUUAAAGGGACUCUUUAUUUGACUGUAUAUUUGUGCAGUUAAAGGGACUCUUUAUUUGACUGUAUAUUUGUGCAGUUAAAGGGACUCUUUAUUUGACUGUAUAUUUGUGCAGUUAAAGGGACUCUUUAUUUGACUGUAUAUUUGUGCAGUUAAAGGGACUCUUUAUUUGACUGUAUAUUUGUGCAGUUAAAGGGACUCUUUAUUUGACUGUAUAUUUGUGCUGUUAAAGGGACUCUUUAUUUGACUGUAUAUUUGUGCAGUUAAAGGGACUCUUUAUUUGACUGUAUAUUUGUGCAGUUAAAGGGACUCUUUAUUUGACUGUAUAUUUGUGCAGUUAAAGGGACUCUUUAUUUGACUGUAUAUUUGUGCUGUUAAAGGGACUCUUUAUUUGACUGUAUAUUUGUGCAGUUAAAGGGACUGAUUUUAUGUAUUAUAGGGUCAGACAUCGGAAAGGGUUAGCAAUGCCAUUAAAAAUUGAUGACUAUAGGCUUGGAUUUGUUCAAAUGAGUAUGUGCCAUUUGUCUAUUGGUGUCUGAUCAUGAAAGUAAGUAAACUAAAUUUAAAACAAAACCAUAAAAUCUGCGAACAAGUCCCUUUCAAACUGGCACAUGUUCUUGUCUUUCAUUAUUGAAUUUUAGUGAUCACAUGUUAAAACUGAAAUUGUGAUACAUGUAUAUAGUAUUGAGAAAGCAUUUUAGCACAUACAUUUGUCUAACCUCUUUGAUUGGUGUAGUUGAACAUGCAAUUUAUCUUGCACAGAUUUUUAAAUUGUGCACUGACCGUGCUAUAUUUUUAUUGGAUGGGAAAAUAUCUAUCAUUCUGUGUUACUCAUUUUACAGUUCUAUACAGGUCUGUAACAUUUUACAGUUCUAUACAUUUCUGUAACAAUUUACAGUUCUAAACAGUUCUGUAACAUUUUACAGUUCUAUACGGUUCUGUAACAUUUUACAGUUCUAAACGGUUCUGUAACAUUUUACAGUUCUAAACGGUUCUGUAACAUUUUACAGUUCUAUAUGGUUCUGUAGCAUUUUACAGUUCUAUACAGUUCUGUAACAUUUUACAGUUCUAUACAGUUCUGUAACAUUUUACAUUUCAAUACAUUUCUGUAACAUUUAACAGUUCUAUACAGUUCAGUAACAUUUUACAGUUCAAUACAGUUCUGAAACCUUUUUAAGAAGCAAUUAUUUCAGUAUGUUUGAGAAACACUUUCAUUUUUUCAAUAUUUUAAUCAACUCUCCACAAUGAACUUAAUUAUUUAGCAUGUAUUUGUUGUUGUUGAAAAACUUGAGCUAUAAUGUAUUCAUAUCCUUGAUGUCAGCAGUUUUGGCAUUUUGUCCAAACUUAAAUACUGGCUUUGUUGCAAAACCAGAAGUGUUAACUUGAAACAGUGAGUACACAUGCUUACAUUGACAAUGGGUUGCAACUCUGAUGGCUCUUGUUUAAUUAUUUUUGAGUUAUAUCCCUGGAACAGCUGUGAAUAAGAAGACAUGAGCACUGACAUUCACUGUGCUGUGCUCUUUGCAAAACUGGAAUAAGGUUUUAGAAAUAUUCUAAUGAAAACUUGUGGGGUGAUUUUAUAGAAUUCUAUCAUUUCUUUCUUUGUUAUGACUAAGUCAAUAAUGUCAUGUAGUAUUUCAUCAUUUAUUUGUUAAACAGUACCAUUUUAUGACCAUGUACAUGUAUAGUAAAUUUGUUAUGUAUAUAUUUUGAAGUGUUAGUAUUUGUUAUUGGUAGUAUUUCAGCUACCUGUGACUAUCAGCAAGCAUCAAUGAACAUUUUUUAAUGAAAUUUGAUACUAUAUAUGGCUAUUCUUUAUUAAAUGUCUCAACAUUAUGAUAAUAGUUUUCUAGAGGUAUAGGUGUCUACCUCACACCUCAGUGAUUGUGUGUUCCAUACCCCCCAGUGCGAGAGUGAUUUAGUAGUAUAAUGUCAACCUCUUAAACCAGAGGUCAUGAGCCCCACCAGUGCGAGAGUGGUCUAGUGGUGUAGGUAACUGCCUCUCAGCCCAGAGCUCAUGCGUUCAACCUGCACCUGUUUAAAAGCUAGUGAUAUAGGUGUCUGCCUGUCACCUCAGAGAUCGUGUGUUUGAUCCACACCAGGUCGACAGUGGUCUUGUGGUAAAGGUGUCCGCAUCUUACCUGGAGGUUAUAUGCUCCAUCCCGGCUAGAGGAACAUUCUCUUGGUUUCUCAAGGACACAGUACUUGUUUCUGUCUAGGAAACAGACUCAAACAUGAUUCAUAUAAGUUCUCAGCUGCCGUCACAAUCAACCUCAUGUAAUAAAAUAAGUAUUCACUAACUAAUCGGUUAAUCUGAGUUUAAGUCCUUCGCAUUCUUGUACACCAGCGCGAUAAUACUAUGCAUACGACAGAUCUAUUAUUUUUAAAACUCUGAUGAAUGAGAAUGGUCAUUCGAAGACCAGUUUGUAUUUUCUGUUUUAAUUAAUCAUAAAUAAAUUGUACAAAUAUGCCAUUUUGAACUGUAUAGAUAACAUUAAGUACUGUUUAAUGAUACAAAAAUGUCUUGACUAAAGUUCCAAUGGAAUUUGUGUUAGUUUAGUUUUGAGUUUGGUAUAAACCUUUGUGCAAUGGACUACCUUGCAGUUUUUGUAGCCUACAUAGCAUGGCAGACACAGGCAUUGCUUUGUCCGGUGGCGUGGUCAGAAGAUGACCCCCUUUUAAUUUUGCUGUCAGUAGGUGAAAGGGCAUGGUUAUGGUGAUAUUUAUAGAAAAAUGAUUAUCACUUUUGCUUCUGAUCAAUAACUUUUGAACGAUUUGGUUAAGGCCUUUCAAACUCGGCAUAAACAUUGGUCAGGUCAGUAGAUGACCACUACUGCAUGAUUUGGGGGACAAUAUAUCAAAGCUGGAGGUCAUGAUCACCUGUAUUAGAAAAAUUAUUGGUGCUCCGAACAAGUGAUACAUCAGAAUCGACACAUCAGAAUCGACACAUCAUAAUCAACACAUCAUAAUCAACACGUCAAAAUCACGGAAUUAUAGAUAUAUAUCAGGUCUAAAUUGAUUUUAUAUUCAGCAUAUCAUCUGCAAAACCCACCAAAAGAACAGUUUUCAAAAGUGCAACUAUAACAAAAAAAGAAAAGAAAUCUUCAAAAAUUAGAUAAGAAUCAAAUGAUUUAUGAAGCUUAUUAAACUAAUAUUAUUGUUGUUAAUUAUUGAGGCUUUGUGGAACCAUUGGUAUUUAAUGAUGAUAUUUCAAGCCAUGUUAUGGGCAUUAUCUGUUUAUUUUAUGAUUAUUUUUGAGUUAUGUGUAUGGCAAUUUCCAAUUCAUUUCUCAACUAGCUAGAUACAUCGUAGAUUAAACAAAAACAAGGGCUGUAAAAGGUAGCAAUCUUGUUUAAAUGUUAUUCUUCUCUUCCGUUCAGCUUGCUUUUUUUUUUAAACUUCUUAGAAGUGGUAAAUUGAAUUAUCAAUGUAAUAAACAUCCAGGCUGUAAGCUUCAUUAUAUAAAUUACAAUAGACUGUUGUUAUGUUACUCUUCCAUGCAGAUAAUUGUGAGCUUUUUGCCCAAUUAUGGAAAUCAUUACUGUUUAUUGUCUGUAUGUUCAGGUCAACCUAAACAAUAAAACAGUUUGUAAGUACUAAAAUGUAUGGGUUAAUACAAAUAUAGCCAACUCCCUCUCCAUAAAAAAGAAAUAUCAUUUUAUUGGCAGCCAUCCGGUCAGUUGUUAAGUUUUCCAUGAUGUUGCAGUAUAGAAAACUAAGAAAAGUUAUAGCUUACCUGUUUUUUAGCUGGUCAGUUUUCUUAAUAUUAAAAGUUGAGGUAUUUUCAUAGCACUGGAGUGAAGGUUAAUCAUCUACUUUUAUUUUUAGUGUAACUAUUAAAGAUACUUCUAUUUGCAAAUGAACGUAGCCUUUAAGGUUUUGCAGCAUUAAAUGAUCAAUGCUAUAAACAAUUGUUAAAACUGUUCUUCAAAGAAAAAGAAUUGAGUUAUUUUGAUAGCUAUUUUGGUGCUAACAAAAACAGACAAGCGAGUUUUGUUUCAUGGUCCUCUUGUUACCUUCCAUUUUUAAAACAGAUAAUUUACAAAUGAAAUUUUUGAAAAAUGUUCAGUUUUUCUAUUGUUUUCAUGGAAUGAAGAAAAUGAUAGGCUAAAAGAAUAAAAGUAGAGUCAAUAUUUUUUUUAAUAUUGUCUCAUGAUAUGUUUUUAUUUACUUCAUUUAAACCAAUGUAUUUUUCUUUAAAUCACAUAAGUUAUUGAAUGCAGAGGACUUGAGUACAUAUUUAUGUAUGUAGGCCUAUGUAGGGUGUUAAGUUGUCUAAUGCAAUUGUUGUUUGGUAUUAUGUUCAUGUGAUUUGUCACAAAUGUAUAACUGGAUUUAUAACUUGGAUCAAAUGCUUAGGUUUAGUUAAGUCAUGCCUUCUAAUGUGGAUUUUCCAUACAAAUGCUUCAUUUUUUUCAUAAAUGUAAUUUAUGUUGUUACAUUGUAGUACAUGUAGGAUUAAAUGAAUGUCCUUUUGUGCUCAAAUUGUUAAAAGCUUAUUUCCCAAAAUAAAAUUAUUAUGCUGA